GGAGGGGCGGACAAGUAAGGCGCGCGGACCACGUGUCCAAAGCGGGCCAAACGGUGACUCAGUCCGGAACCUGUGAGGGUGUAGUGACGAAAGUGCGCAGAAGGCACCUGUUGGAGGGGUUGGCUGGACUCGAACCUGGUACCGCCGGACCAUGGCAGCAGCCAGGGCUAGCCUGGGCCGAAUCCUCCCAGAGUCCUCCAUCCUGUUCCUGUGCGACAUGCAGGAGAAGUUCCGUCCCAGCAUAGCCUAUUUCCCUCAGAUUGUGUCGGUGGCCGCUCGGAUGCUCAAGGUGGCCCGGCUGCUAGAUGUCCCUGUCUUGCUGACGGAGCAGUACCCACAAGGCCUGGGUCCCACAGUUCCAGAGCUGGGCGCUCAGGGCAUUAGGCCAGUGAGUAAGACGUGCUUCAGCAUGGUGCCCACCUUACAGAAGGAGCUGGAUGGCCGGCCGCAGCUGCGUUCGGUGUUGCUCUGUGGCAUUGAGACCCAAGUCUGCAUCUUGAACACGGCCCUGGAUCUCCUGGAGCGGGGACUGCAGGUCCAUGUGGUGGUGGACGCCUGCUCUUCUCGAAGCCAGGUCGACCGGCUGGUGGCGAUGGCCCGCAUGAGGCAGAGCGGGGCUUUCCUCUCCACCAGCGAGGCACUCAUUCUGCAGCUUGUGAGGGAUGCUGCCCACCCCCAGUUCAAGGAGAUCCAGAAGAUCAUUAAGGAGCCAGUCCCAGACAGUGGGCUGCUGGGCCUCUUCCAAGGCCAGAACCCCCUCUUGCUGAACUCCAGACCCUGACCUGAGGGGGAAGCAUCCUUUCCCUCAUCUCUGAAUCCCAGGAGACCACCCUGAGGCCUGCCCAGUGGGAGGGGAGGGGUGGCUAUGCCUCCUGCUUGAACAACUGGACUUGGAAAUGCA